AUGACUGGGAGAGGACGGCUGUGUGACGCGAAAGAGGACGGGAUGUUGCAGAAAGACAGUAUAGUCGUCGUCCUUCGCACGGACCGUUCGUAUGUUUCUGUCGAGAAGGCCUGGAUCGUUUGGUAUGCAGGCAAAACCCGGACAGCGAAGGUUAUGAUAACGAUGUUAGGGACAAUCGACGAAGCGAUGUCAACUUAUCGGUGCGCCAUCAAUGGAAUUGUCGAGCGGUCUUACUAUCUGAAUCCGCCGAGAAGCAUGUGGGCUUACAAGGCAUACAACCCAAACGCUCCUGAACCGCCGUCUUCCGCUGUGCUUCCGGAGGAUCCCGAGCCCCAAACACCACGAGCUGGUCGAUUCUCCUUCCGCAGUCUUCUAGGUCGAUACAACGAGCCUGAUGGUCUCCGCAGGGAAGUCUCUCGAAUCAUCAGCCCUACCGAGAGGACGGAUGAACACGAUGAGGAAUUGUCGAGGGGGAGAUCUAGAAAAGUGUCGUUCAGCGAGACGUCGAGGGGGCGGUCGCGAAGAUCUCGUUCCAAUAGCCUUUUCAGCUUGGCAAGUGGCCGUUCUGAGACGAAGUCGGAAAUCAUGUUGGGAGAGAUCAUGACCAUGUUGAAAGAGAUGAGAGACGAAAGAAGUGGUAAGGCAGGACCACUCGAUUCUGACGAAGAUGAAAAUGGCGAUGGUGACAUGCACGAUCAAAAACAUCGGCGCAGACGGCGCCGUAGGCCCUCUACUGAUGAAAUGUCGAGUCCAAGUGGAGAGCUAUCCGGUAUUGAACCUUCCGUCUCCGAAAUCACACCUUUCGGUUCGAUCGCCAGCAAAGCUCCAAGCGCGGCCAAAACAGCUGCCAUCGCCGCUGGCAAAGAAUACGUGAAACACAGAUUGCCUGGUAAAGUAAAGGGGAAAGACCCCGCAAAGGCCGCUGCUGAGGCUGCCGUACACAGUCUGAAGGAUUCUCUAGGAGCUGACCUAAGAAAUAUCAAGCCCAACGACAUCAUUGCUGGAUUGCCUUCCCUAGAGGCCUUUGGCACGCAAGGUCUUCAGGAAUUGCUCGAGGCGUACAAAAAGGCGCCGACCUCUACUGAGGGAAAACUGUCCUUAGUUGAAGAUGCGGAGGUGGCGGCGCAUGGAUCACCAGACCAGGUUCCAUCUGGAGAUAGUCACGGCUUGACCGAUUUGCUAGCUCGAGUAGCCGCUUUGAAGGCAGGCAAGAAAAAGGGACCAAAGAAAGCUCCUGCUGGAAGUUCGAAUGUUCCUGAUUCAUUCCACCAGGACGCGCCGGGCAGAUCCCCUCAACGUCCUGCCACACAUGGGAAUCUCAACGUCGAUAAACACGACUGGGACAUGCAACGCCCACCGCAAGCAUUUGAUUGGCCUUCCAAAGAAGAUAUAGAGCGGAGUAAUGGUAUUACGAGCCACACGGUGAACAAUCCCGACAUAGCUUCCGAGGAGCGCGAGCUGCCGGAGCGGGGUUCUGGCCAGUCGAUCCGAGCACCAUUGGUUACUAGGAGUGUGGUCAAUCUUCCUUCCCCCGGGGGAUCAACACAACAAUCUGAUUUUGAUUCGCCCACAGAUGGACACGAGUCCCACAACGUCUUUGACAUUGUGUUCCCGAUCACUCCGUUACAUGAGCCAGGCAGACAUAGUCAACGGCCCUCCCACCUGGAGGACUCUGCACCAGAUGGCAAGAAACCGACGGUAUCUAAAGAAAGGCCACGAAUGCAUCUGAGCAAUCCCGAUCCUCACCUAGAAACCAUCGUAUCAGCAAGACAAAAUGUGAAACAGCUUUCAAGGCAAUCAUUUAGCUCAGGGUUCCACACUCGGGUUCUGUCUUCUCUGGGAUCGUGUCUGUCUAUACUUAGAGAUCUGGGAGCCGGUCAUCAUAAACGCAAAGAUGAUAAAUAUCGGGAAACUUAUGAGGAAACCAUGCUGUAUUGGCUUGGCUCUUGGUUUGUCAAGCAGGAAGCCGGUUUCGAGAGGGCUGAAGACCUCUUCAAACACGCGGAUCCGGAGGCAAUGCUGGACUUGCUUGACGGGCUUAGCAAGCUCGCGGUCAUGUUAGAACAUCCAGGCUUACAUCAAGGGUCUUGGGAUAGCUUUCUUCAGCAGCAGAUCAGCACUCGAGGUUUAGCGGUGAAGAGAGUACUCGGCUACCUUGACGUGACGCUAGGUUUAUACGAUGAAAGGAUCAAGAACGUCAUACGGGAAAAUCUUGAGCCCCCUGGAAGCGGAAGUUCGGACCAUGAUAGUUGUGUGUCCUGGACUCCUUCGCUGCGCGGUGUCAUUCGAGAUGCAAUGAGUAAGGCACAAAGCGGGGAUGUGCAACGAGAGGCGCUGGAAGAGGCCAUCGGGCUUCUUGAUAUCCUGGAUGAACUAGCCUCUGACAUCCAGAUUGUGCCGGUAGUCAAGCCCCCGUCCACGAACUUGGUCGAGCGUUGUGCAGUUCCAGGUAGCGAACCAGGUACCUCAGCAUUGGAGGCAAUGUCCAACCAGAAUCCACCACGAGAAGCCCGUUCCACACACCAUCAGACUCUCACGCGGGAUGAGACUGCUGCCAAACAUGCCAAGAAUGAGCUCGAAUGGCGCAAGGGAAAUAACUCUCAGAUGAGACAAGUUGCCUCGGAAGCAAUUUUACCGAAUGCAUCCCUGGGCAGUUCGCGCGCUGAUGAAACUCGAGAAGCGGCACAAUCCAGGACUGCCGGAAACCUCGCAGAGUACGAGCAUAGACGGCAGGAGCAGCUGAUGCCACUUCUGACUAAGGCGGUGGAGCAUUCUGGAAUGAAAACGGACACUGAACUAGUGGCCACGCCUCCCCGCUCCACCAAGUUGAAUGAUGAGCAGCCGACUGCGCUUGCUCCUGCUGAUGAUCAGAAAGGCCAUUCUGUCGACCCCAUGAUGCUGCACAAACGGCUGGAAGAAAUGAGAGCUAAAUCCAGCAAGUCUCGAUCUAACGGCAAGUCAUCAACAGCUUUAUCGGGACAUGUCAUUCCGGUAUCGAGUGAGAAUAUACUUAAGAAGCAAGACGGUCCGGCGGGAGAUGCCACGCGCGAAACAGAAUCAACGGGCCUGGAUCAAGUGGCGUCGUCAUACUUUCCGCCAACAACGAACUCAGAUGUGGAGACGGUCAAGGUCCGGCCGGGUCCUGUAGCUCGAUCGGUGGCUAGCAGCACGAUCCACGCGCCUAUAAAGCCUUCCCCGUUGAAAAAAGCGAUCUCCCCCCUGGGAAGUCCUCCAUCUGUCGAGUCGGAACCGGAAUGGAACCCGGGCCAAGCCAAGAAGAUCAAGGGAGCUACAACAGAGAUGCAACUCCAGAGGAGCUCAGAUGCGGCAGGUUCAUACUCGGUCGAGGCGCCUCCCAUAUCGAAGUUGUCUCCGCCCCAGAUGGAGACACCUGCAGUGCACAACCCUGACACAGGAGGUAUACAGACGUCUGAUCCGUAUGCGUUACUAAGGCCUACUCAAUCAGAACCGUCAUCAAUCGUCGUCGAUCAGGACUUCAAAUCUGAGUCAAGCUUGUCGUUCGAGUCACCUGCGCUAUCUAUUGAGCCGGAGUCAGAGGAACCGACUAAAGUAUUACCCACCGAGACGGAGAACAAAGUCGCCGAGGCCAUAGCAGAUGCUAAAAGCGGGACUAUCGGGGAUGCGGUCCAGGCGAAUCAAAUCUUGACUUCGGCAGAUGUGCUUGCCGGACGGUAUGGUGCCUUGAAACCGGAAGAGGCGGAUGUCGGGAGAGGGACCACGGAAAUAGAAGAUUCGGAUGAGCCCAUCUCGCAGACUCAAGCCGAAAAGGACUUUGAGCUGGAGGAAGUGGAAGAAGAAGACCUGGACGCUUUGGUACCGGCGCCAAAGGUGAUCACAAGCAAGGACGUGCGAGAUCACCGCUACAACUACCAGAAUUUUCCCCGUACCCUACGAUCCGCCGUCCCAAGGGUCGAGACUCAUCCUGGGGCUAUUACGAGUGCCACGACGAAUACUGAUCGCUUCUUCGUCCAGGGAGAAAUCGUCCCAUUUGCAGACGAGAAGAUCCAUUUGGCCGCAGGGGAAACACUUGUCGAUGGAACCGGUCGUUUAUGGAAUCAAGAAGGUCUAGUGGAGCCAGGUAAAGAUGAAUCCGGAAAAUUUAUCGUCUUUGACGUUGAUAUCGCGCAAAUCAAGCGGGAGUACGGACGCGUACCGGCGAUAUUGCCUUGGGAGAGCUUCGAACCAGACACGCCUGUGGAAUCGCCCAGUGCUUCGUUUCAGACUGGAGACGACUGGUCUGGUAGUGAGCUCUCUAUGGACGUUUCUGGGAUCUCGACACCGGCUGGUCCACGCCCAGCCUUGCGCGCCUCGCGAUCGGAGGAAGACAACAUGCUAGACAGGCAACUACAGCUCAACCCGGCCGAAGACCGUUUGACGUUGAUCGAGGAAGACGAGGAUGACGACCAUCCUCUUGAUGAUAUCGAGUUGAAGGAAGCAGAGGAAGCGGAGGAGAAGACGACUCCUCAACCCACUCCAGGGCCAGGGGGAUUGACCAGUGGGACCCAAACGCCAUACUGA